CGCAACGCCACGCCUCUGCAUUCUCUUUUUCAUAAUUCUAGGGUUUUUGCUCUUGAGUUUCCAGCCGGCAACUCACUGCCGUUGUCUCUAACAAUCGGUCAAACCGUCUAUUUCCGGCAAUCAAGGUUUUCAAUCCAUCUUUUUAAGGUUCAGUUUGGUUUGAAGGAGAGGUGAUCUCUCAUUUCUCUCUUCAUCACUUUUGAACCUUGGUUUCUUCUACUAGAGAAUAUGGCUUCUAUGGCUCAGGUCCAUUACCCUCAUGUUGCCGGAAACUACCAUCGUGUCCAUCCUGCUUGCCACAUUUCUAGCCUCCAAUUACGUAACUUUGCAGAUAAAAAGAUGCCUUUUAGAUCCUCCGUAAACAUUACGCUUUUUCCUCCAAAAUCACAGCCUAUUAAACCUAAUUUACUAGGUGAGUUACAGCCACUUCUCUGUGGUGGAAAUGGUAGUGAUGUUACUGGCGGCGGUGGGGGAGGAGGUGAUGGUGGUGGCGGUGGUUGGAGUGGAGAUGGAAGAUCUGAUGACGCAUCCGCCUCUGAUAGUUUUGGGCCGCUUGGGGCAUUUCUUAGUGGGUGGAGGUCGAGGGUUGCCGCUGAUCCGCAGUUUGUGUUUAAGGUCUUAAUGGAGGAAAUUGUGGGCGUGAGUGCAUGUGUCAUUGGAGACAUGGCCUCUCGUCCGAAUUUUGGGCUCACCGAGCUUGAUUUCGUGUUUUCGACACUUGUUGUAGGAUCUAUUCUGAAUUUCACCCUUAUGUAUCUAUUAGCACCCACCAUGUCUUCUGCAUCAGCAAGCCUGCCUUCCAUUUUCGCCAAUUCUCCAACAAGCCACAUGUUUGAGCCCGGUCCCUAUAGCCUAAUGAACCGUCUGGGAACAUUUGUUUACAAAGGAACCGUUUUUGCAGCCGUUGGUUUAGCGGCCGGAUUGGUGGGAACUGCUCUAUCAAAUGGGUUGAUCAAGAUGAGGAAGAAGAUAGAUCCUAAUUUUGAGUCACCAAACAAGCCUCCACCCAUGUUUUUGAAUGCUAUCACUUGGGCGGCUCAUAUGGGUGUGAGCAGUAAUCUAAGGUACCAAACUCUGAACGGGAUUGAGUUCUUGCUGGCAAAGGGGCUCCCACCCGUUGUCUUCAAGACCUCUGUGAUUGGAUUGAGAUUGGCAAACAAUGUUCUUGGAGGGAUGACGUUUGUGAUAUUGGCAAGGAUGACAGGAUCACAGAACUCUGGUGCGGAAAAGAAGCCAAAGGAGGUAAGUAGUGAUCUUGAUAAAGAGGAUCAGAUUCAGCUAAAGUGAAGCUGGUGCAUGAGAGGAUUCAGUCUAACAUAGCAAUGAAUUUCCCUCCAGCCAGGCAACUACUAUCUGGUAUGCAUCGCAUCUUUUUCAUAAUUAUGUAUAAAAGUAAAACAAGAUUAGUGGUUUCAUGAAAGCUGAAUGAUUUUUACCAUCCCCCUUGAGUUGGGGUAUCAAUCAGCUUAGUUUUUGAUGAGGAUUUGAUGGGUUAUAUAAGUUGAUUUGGAGCAGUA